GGCGGCGGCGGCAGUGUCGCGACGACUACAGACGAGGGCGGGCGCGCGACGACCGUCGUCACUCGCCGCACCGCGCGUCGUUCACCGACAAACUCUGUGAAAGAAACAAAUGAGUGCCGACCCAAUAACGUGACAGGUUCUUCGGAAAAGUUCAAGUUAAUUAAAAAACACAAGUUCAUAGUGCUUCAGUGUCGGAGCCGGGUUGGAAUUGGACCUUAGCGCUCGCCGAUAUGCGCGACGUCACAUCCCACGCGCAACAAUGAAAGUCAACUCGGAUCAAACUUUGCGGACGCAUAGUGUGUUUAGUGACCUAAAAGAGCUAGAUGAGUGGUAGAGAUCUAGACCGUGAGCUAGACCUAGUGCUUUAUAUGAGACGCAGUUUGCGAGUGAGUGAGUCUAAGAUGGGCGUUCCGGUGGGAAGUCGCAUUUGUGUGGUAUUCUUCGCAACCGCCUUUUGGGGCAUGGGUGUCCGCGGCCUCCACAACCUCGAGAUCAACGUGCCGCCAGCAGUCCUCGUCGGGGAGACGGUGACCCUGGAGUGCAGCUGGGAGCUGGAGGAUGAAGAGGCUCUGUACAGCGUCAAGUGGUACCGCGGCCGGGAGGAGUUCUAUAGGUACAUACCGAAGGAACUCCCGCACACGAGGGUCUUCCCUCUGCCCGGGAUUGAGGUCGAUAUCUCCCGGUCGGGCGCGCGGCGCGUGGUGCUGCAGCAGGCGACGCCGGCGCUGGCGGGGCGCUUCCGCUGCGAGGUGUCCGCCGACGCGCCCACCUUCCACACCGAGCUGCGGUCCGCGCCGCUCGAGGUCGUCGAGCCUCCAGAGUGGGGUCCCAAGCUGGUGUCGGACCGCUCGUGGUACGGCGUGGGCAGCAGCCUGCAGGCCACGUGCGCCGCGCCCCCCUCCUCGCCCCCCGCCAACCUCACGUUCGCGCUUAAUGGACUACAGAUCGACAUGGACUCGUUUGGCAACGAGUUGCCCGACUGGUUCAAAUGGGACCCGCCGCCCAAACCUGAUACAACUACAACUGAAGCGGUAGAAGACUUCAACAUAUUCCACGAUGACAGCAACAUGCAGUAUCUGGACGAGUCGUAUGUGAACGUGCACAAGGAGGAGAUCCGGAGGCCUCCUAAGGAGACUGCGAAGGUUGAAAGGACGGGUCCAGACACUCGCCUUCCGUCCGUGGGCGCCGUGUCGUUCGUGGUGGACGGCGGCGCGUUCGUGCGCGGCUCUCUCCGGCUCACGUGCGUGGCUCGCGUGCACAACGUGUGGGCCGCGCGCGCAGAGCUCGUGUUCGACAUGGAGCAGCCGGAGGUGGCGUCCGUGCUGGGCGUCAGGAAUCAUGCGAUAGGUGCAGGCUGCGGCGCCUGGCUCCUACUGCCUUCUCUAGUGCCACUUAUUUACCACAACCGGUAGUUAGAUAUUCUUUCUAAUAUAUUGUUUUGUACAAAGAGUUGUAAGUGUAAAAAUAGAUAUUAAUACAUUAGGAGAAAAUAUUUUUUUUAUUUCAUUAAACGUCGUCAAACAUAUCUCACGCUGCAAAAUAUGUUACAAAAUACAUAAAAAAUUGUUGUGAAAUAAUUUCAAAAGAAUUUUAAACUUGUUAAAAGAGUAUAAAAUACACAGUAGGAAUAACAAGAUAAAAGAAGAGAUACCUACUUACAGAUUUAUGUAUGACAAUUUAAAAUGGUGAGUACCAAAAAAGUAUAUGAAAUAGAAGAUAAUAAUGUAAAAUACGAUUUUUAACUAUAUCUUUAAUUUGUAACAGAUUUAUUUUUUAAUUCACCGUUUUAAAAGUGUAAAAAUAAAGAAACCUGUAUAGAUUUUAAAACCUGUCAAAAUUACAUAGCAAUUUUUGCCCCAUAACAGGACAAAAGCCAAACUGACGAACUUUACAAACCCUGAACAUUGUAUUAUUUAGAGAUAAAAAUUCUACGAUGCGUGUUAUUAAAA